CCGACAAAGAAGACGUAGACCGAGCGCGCGUGGUGGUGGCGUUCUUUGAGGCCCUGCCCUUUUAACACGUCUGAGAGCUUGCAAUUGACACGCCGGCAAACAAGCAGCAUAAAACGAUGCAGCCUUCGUCAAAGUAUUCACAUGCGGCACUCUACCACCCCUUUGGAUAUCAAUACUACGACCAGCAGCUGCCGGUGUACGGAACCAUCCCAGCCGCCGCCACUGCACAAAACGCGGCUCCUUUCAGCUACAUGGCGCCCGUCGCUCUGGUCCAGGAGUCAGGACUGCCACCUCAGUCAGCCUCAACGGAAGAUAGCGCAGUGUCUGAGUUAGGGCCGUCGCUUGGGAGCCCCGGGGCAGCAGUGAUGGCGGAGGCUGAUGGCAACACUUUCCUGCACCGGCUCACUUUCGUGCUCACGGCAGUGUCCGUGUGCGCCGUCCUGGGCCUCCUAAUGACGGCCGCUGCAGCAGGCCGACAUAUGCUGUUUUUUGGCGAGCUAACGGAACCAAACACCGACGCGCCCUUCGGCCUGAUGGAUUUAAAAUUCAGGCACUCCCUGCGCCCACCCACCAAUGAUACGGCGAAAGGGACAGAGUCCAGCGUGACUCAGCCGAUAUUGGAAAAAAUGGAACUCGUUCCCAGUGGCAAUCACAAGGUUGAUGCGGACGUCCUCGAAGGUACCGACGCACACAUGAGGUUCGAUAUCCAAGAUGACACCGCCGGUGCGGAGACCACCGCCGCUCUGCCACCUGUCACCCAGCCACCUGUCACCCCGCCACCUGUCACCCCGCUGAAGAAACGCAGCUCGCCGUCCCCGUCAUACAAUAGCGAUCAGCCGCAGUUGAAUAAUUAUGAGGGCGUUUCGAGGUGCGGCCGCGCUCAGUUCGUGUUCUGCGGGAACGAGACCAGUGCCUUCUACCACGUUGCGGGUGCCGAUGGAGGCACCUGCCUGGUCAGCACGCGUGGCCACCCGAACAUCUGCAACCGGAGUCCCAACGGGUUCAGCUCGCUGAGCGACUGCGAGCGGUUCUGUGUCGACCGGAAGCACCCGCAGAAGCGAUGCGGCGGCCCAGCGAUUUUCUCCACUUGCGCCAGGAUGGACAUGAAAAAACACUGGUGGUUCCACGACGGUCUGUCCUGUCGUCAAUGGCAGUACCCUUCUGGUACCUGUCCGUCAGCCAACAGCGAUACCUACGGCACCUUCCAGGAAUGCUACAACAGGUGUGCACACCAUGCGGAGCGCGACUGGGUGUGCCGUCAGCCACAACCGGUCGCAUGCGCGAAGGCUCACAUCAGGCACCCUUACUUUGCGGUGUCAUCCGGGGACGGCAUGUUCAGGUGCCUGGAAGCAAGCCCGGAUAAUCUUCGUGGUCACAUCUGCUUAACAGGGAAAAAUAACUUCAAGAGUUCCGAGGCAUGUCAGAAGGCGUGCGGGAAUAAGCCAGUGGCUUAACACGCCCGUCGAGCUGUUCUUGCUGUCCGGGAAGUCAUCUCCGAAACAACACUACAUUUACCUAUAGAUUGUAUAUCUCCACUGA